AUGGCAGUUUCAUCACAUCAUGUGGUCCUCUUCCCUUACAUGUCUAAAGGCCACACCAUCCCUCUCCUCCAAUUUGCCCGUCUCCUCCUCCGUCACCGCCGCAAAGAACCAACCAUCUCCAUCUCCGUCACUGUCUUCACCACUCCCAAGAACAUCCCUUUCGUCUCCGACUUCCUCUCCAACACGCCGGAGAUCAAAGUCAUCUCUCUCCCUUUCCCGGAAAACAUCUCCGGAAUCCCUCCAGGCGUCGAGAGCACGGACCAACUCCCUUCCAUGUCACUCUUUGUGCCAUUCACGCGCGCCACAAAGCUUCUCCAACCUUUCUUCGAAGAAUCACUCAAGAAUCUUCCAGAAGUGUCCUUCAUGGUCUCCGAUGGAUUCCUCUGGUGGACAUCGGAAUCAGCAGCUAAGUUCAAGAUUCCAAGAUUGGUCUUCUACGGCAUGAACUCUUACGCCGCUGCCGUCUCCAUCUCUGCUUUCAAACAAAAACUCUUUACCGAACCGGAAACUGAAUCUGAUACAGAACCGGUCACUGUACCGGACUUCCCAUGGAUCCGGGUUAAGAAGUGUGAUCUCAACCAUGGUGCUCAGUCGGGUCCUUCUCUCGAACUAUUCAUGGACCAAGUCAUGUCGACCAACUCAAGCUAUGGUUUAUUAGUGAAUAGUUUCUACGAGCUUGAGUCACCGUUCGUUGAUUACAACAACAACUCUGAUAGGCCUAAGUCGUGGUGUGUUGGACCGUUGUGUUUGGUAGAUCCUCCUAAACCGGUGCAUGCUAAACCUUUUUGGAUUCAUUGGCUGGACCAGAAACGAGAGGAAGGACGUCCGGUUUUAUACGUGGCGUUUGGAACGCAGGCAGAGAUAUCGAACAAGCAACUCAAAGAACUAGCUUUAGGCUUGGAAGAUUCCAAGGCAGAUUUUUUAUGGGUCACAAGAAAAGACGUGGAAAAUAUUAUUGGAGAAGGAUUCAAAGAUAGAAUAAGAGAGAGUGGGAUGAUAGUGAGAGAGUGGGUGGACCAGUGGGAGUUAUUGUCACAUGAGAGUGUCAAAGGAUUCUUGAGCCAUUGUGGAUGGAACUCAGCACAGGAGAGCAUAUGCGUUGGGGUCCCAUUGUUGGCUUGGCCUAUGAUGGCAGAGCAACCACUCAACGCGAAGAUGGUAGUGGAGGAGAUAAAGGUCGGAUUAAGAGUUGAAACCGAAGAUGGUAGUGUCCAAGGAUUUGUGACAAGAGAGGAACUAAGUCAAAAGGUUCGAGAUUUAAUGGAAGGAGAAACAGGAAAAACCGCAAGAAAGAAUGUGAAAGAAUAUUCAAAAAUGGCAAAAGCAACUUUGGUCCAGGGAACUGGUUCGUCUUGGAAGAAUUUAGAUUUGCUUCUUGAAAAGUUAUGUAAAAGUAGAAAAGUCAAUGGUGCUAAUGAGUGA